AUGGCUGAACAAUGUAUUGUAUGUCUGGAAAACCUGGACGAGCAGCCCAUUCUGGGAUCUGUCUCUCCCACGGCUGAGCAGGCGGCUGCCUCAAAGGUGCAGCCAAGCGAGUCGGCGGUACCUGAAUCCGCUGCGGCACCUGUACACGCACACUCGACUGCCACGGAAGGAAACGGCCACGCUGAACCCCUUGGAUCCGUCGUCGAUGACGACUCCAAGAUCGCCGAAAUUGACAUUUGUGGCCACAUUCUGCAUAAUUCCUGCUUGCGCGAGUGGACUGGAAAGGCGAAUAGCUGUCCGAUAUGUCGCCAAUCCUUCAACCUCGUCCAUGUCUACGACAGAGUAGGAGGCACCAAGCUCGAAUCGUAUACUGUCGAAGACAAGAAGCAAGUUGCCGAGUUUGAUGCCCAAGCAUGGCUGGACGAGAACCCUGAAGACAACGAGCCCGCACAGCCCUGUAUUAUCUGCCAAAAUUCCGACCACGAAGAACUGACGCUGUUGUGCGACAGCUGCGAUGCACCUUACCACACUUAUUGCGUUGGCCUAGACUGCGUUCCGCGCGGUCACUGGCUAUGCAUGGAAUGUAAUGCUCAGUACAGGGCUGUUACAGGAGAGGAAUGGGAAGAGGCAGACGAUGACGAUGAACUAAGCAAUCGGCGCUCAGAUUAUUUGCCGCGCACACAAGCGACCAUGCGCCGUGCACGUCGGAGGGCACGAUCGGACGAGUGGCAAGGCGCAUGGGGUCAAAUUGCCAGUCAUAUUUUCGAUGCACUCGAUCUUGACCUCGAUAACCACGACGACGACGAGGCUCUACAAAACUGGCGGCGCUCGCAGCAUCGUCGGGAGCGAGAGCGACAAGAGUACGAGAGGUGGCAACAGCGCCUCAAUAUAGCGAAUCGCUUGGGCGCCGGUGAUACUUUUGCCGAAAAUCUGGCAAGGGGCCUUACCCACCGAUCCCAGCAACAUCGUCAGCCGACUCGCCCGCCGCCCCCUCCUCAAGAGACCGUUGAGGAGAAGAAGGCCUGGGGUGCUCUUGAGAAGGCUAUGGAAGCUACCGCAAGCUCCGAAGGCUCGUCUUCCAACAACCGUCGCAAGCGAAAGUCACGUUCUGCGAGUGCAUCACCAAGGGAGCCUGCCCCUGAGCCAGAACGCCGGCUAAAACGCCCUCGCACCCGUCGCAUGCCUAAUGCCAGCGAAGCUUCUUCGUCACGCCAAAACGGUGAAUCGUCGAGGGCCAACCAGUCCCUGCUGCCAGCGGCGCCUUUGCAGCAAAGCCCUGAGCUCUCAGCCCAGGAGGGCGCGCCUACAUUUCUGUCGUCGCUUCUCAAGGAGGUUGAAACUAGCAAGGGCUCUGAUGACGAGAAUGUUCGCAACUUUAUCGGCUCAUUGACCCGACCAUCGAUAGACGCAUCAUCACCAGCUAGAUCUCCGUCGCCCUCCGGGCCCAGCAGCCCCCGUGCUCUCUCUGCUACGCCGCCACCACGAGGGAUCGCCGACAGGCCUGGAUCGCCGCUGUCCUUGUCAUCACACAUUGAACCGAUUUACCCUUCCAUGUCAAACUUUUCACCCAGCCGCCUGCGCAAUGGUGGCGACCAGAGCGGCAGUGAUUCCGAGUCAACGUCUCGCCGCUCUCAUCCUCAGCAGGUGGCACCGCGUCAAUCGCAUAUCCGUAACCCCCAACCUCGUCGGCAAACACAUAUCAACAUCAAUACUGACCUCAAUCACACUUCUCAUUCGCCAGAAUCUUCACCAACACGCGAGUCUCUCCCACUUCAAACAAAGGAAAGCAUUAGUGCCAUGAUCAAAGCUGCAUUGAAACCACAUUAUAAAUCAGGCAGUAUCACGGCAGAUGAGUACACUAUUAUCAAUCGCGACUUGUCUCGGCGGCUUUACAAGGAGGUACCCGAAGAGUCUCUUAGCGAAGAGACGCGUCGACACUGCGAGAAACUGGCUUACAACGAAGUAGCCAAAGCCGUGUCAGAUCUCAAAGAAAUCAAGGUCUGA